AUGGAACACCUCGUCUUUGCCCACGACCUUACCAAGGCCGAUCGCGUAGUCUUAGAGACAUUGGCGACCGAUUACAGCGACCACCUGAAGGCGAAGGACGCCCAGGUACCAGAUUCAGCAUAUGCGUCGGCGAGCGAUACAGAAGCAACAGGGACAACGGGGACGAAUACAAAUACAAAUACACAUGGCAGCGCGAAGGGCGGUGUGAAUAAGGAUGCUGCUGGAGUUAGCCAGAGGAAAGCAGCAACCCGCACCUCAGAAGCCAUCACGCAGCUCUCCGCCCUCAACGACCCCAAAUCUCUCUCUUUCGAGCCCACCAUAACCAACUUCUUCGACCUCGCCGACCUGCAAUCCUUCACCUGGCUCCCCUCUACCGUCCUAAACGCCUACACAAAAUGGGCCUCCUCCCUCAUCCGCGUCCCUACGGACAUCCUAAUGAUCACCCACCUCCUCAUCUACUUCACCACCACCGUUCCCUCGGCCUUCUACUUACUUUUCAUCCGCUUCUCCUGGCCGCACGCCAUCCUCCACGCCGUCAUCAACGGCUGGUACGUCGGCACUUACACGCUGAUGAUGCACCAGCACAUUCACAUGCGCGGCAUCUUGACGAAAGAUAAACUCUGGACGCCGGUGUUUGACGCCAUUUUCCCUUAUAUCCUGGACCCCCUGAUGGGUCAUACCUGGAACUCGUAUUACUACCACCACGUCAAGCAUCAUCAUGUCGAGGGUAACGGGCCAGAUGACCUGUCUUCGACGAUCCGUUACCAGCGUGACGAGCUAAGCGAGUUCCUGAAGUACGUCGGCCGGUUUUACUUCCUGGUGUGGUUGGAUCUGCCGCUGUACUUCAUGCGCAAGGGGCGGUACGUGACGGGCGCCAAGGCGGCGUUUUGGGAGUAUGCGAGUUAUGCCAUGGUGGCGUUGAUGACGGGGAAUUGGGGACAGCAUGCGUUUGUGGAUGAUGAGGAGCCGGAGAGUGAUUAUAGGAGUAGUAUUACGCUGGUGGACGUUGCUUCCAACCGCCACUGCUACAACGACGGCUACCACACCUCGCACCACCUCAACCCUUUGCGCCACUGGCGCGAACAUCCCGUUGCCUUCCUCAAGGGGAAAGAAACCUACGCGGCCGAAAACGCGCUAGUGUUCCAUAACAUCGAUUACCUCAUGGUAACCAUCAGGUUAUUGAAGAAGGAUUACAUGACGCUGGCCAAGUGCUUGGUACCCAUUGGCGAGUUUCAGAUGAACAUGACCCUUGAAGAAAGGGCGGCGUAUUUGCGGAGGAAGACGAGGAGGUUUAAUGAGGAGGAGAUUAGGGAGAAGUUUGGGAAGAAGGCACACUAA